GGUCCAAGACAGACGACGGCCAUAGACCUUUCGUUGUCACGCUCAAUCCGCAAAACACUCAAAGCAACGCUGCUAAACCAUAGUGUGCCGUGACUAUUUUCUGUGUGCCGCGCUUUCUCACUUUGGAAUUGAAAUUUCCGCUCUGCGACUACCUUCCCUCGUCCUUUCCCCGCACCCCCCCUUGCCACCUCAUAUUCACGAACAUGGCAAAAGCAACAAGAAAGAGCAAAAGUACAUCAGCCAGCAAAUCUCCGGUCAAAGUCCCUGAUACUCGCUCGCUGCGGAAAGAAGCCCGACUCCAUGCCCAAGACUGCCGCUCGAAGCGCAAACCUGCCAUUCCCAUGCGCGCGGUUUCGCGGGAUGCUGCAGAUACCGAACCUGGGCUCGUCCUACGAAUAGAUUGGUUUGGAGAAGUACAAGUUCGCGCUGUUGGUAAUAUCCUCGUUCCGCCAUCCCGCCGUGAGUCGGAUUCGGACUCGGGCACAUCUGUGCAGUCCACUGGAAGCUCAACUGGUGGCGAGCCUAGCGCCGCAAGUCUUAAGCGAAGGAAUAGAAGCUUGAAGACAAGUACAGAACCAGCUCCGGAGCCGCGGGAGUUGCGAACUCGGGAAGGAAAAGGAGCCCGGUGUCCCACACGGGCGGCAACCUCGCAAGGCUCACUGAACAGUAGGGACUUGAAGAAGCAUUAAGAUCAUGCCUGCCACUUUGAUAUUUUUGAUUACUAUCUCCUUUCGAUUCGUAUGGGAAGACUGCUUGAUUUCACUCGUCUGUUUCCACAUUCUAAUUGUACAUUGUAUUAUGGUUGGGAGGACCGAAGGCAAUGGCUGUUGCGAUCGGUCCUCUCAGGUUUUUUGUUAGUGUUCCGUAGUGUAAUAUCCUUGUUAUUGUAAUAGAUGAACGCACUUUGACAUAUCUCACCGAAGUAGACACCUUUUUCUCCGA